GAACAAAGUCACUCGUCGAUACUCAGAUGCAGAAGAACCCCUGCACAUCCUGUUUCCGUGAAGUGAGCCUAUCUAUGAGUGAACCACGAUGUCGGCGCUUCGGCUUCUGCUUUUGUGUCUGACAAAACUUUUGUUAGCAAAGGAGCUACCGGGUAAGAAGACUUUAAAUGAACAAUUCUUUAAACUUUAAAUGAUAAAUGAAUUAUUGUGACAGUAGAAGGUUAGUUUUGAAUCUACUGGGACGUGUCAGAAGUACGAACUUGUUGAGGGACUCAUGGCAGAUCUAGUCAUGUCUCCUCACUAUUAUGUAGUGUGGCAGCUUUUUUGUGUCUUUUUUCAUAUCCUGUGACUGAUAUUCUUGUACUUUGUACCUUUUCUGUGCUUGAGGGAUUUAUAACUGUAUUUUUAAUAACCAUCUGAAAAAACAACAACAAGAAAAGAAAUUCUUAAGGGGAGGCUACUUGAGGGUCUUGAAAUCAAUAUUGUGAUAAAUUCAUCAAUUUUUGAACUGAACUGAAGAUUUAAUGAUCAAACCUUACAUUUUUUUUAUGAUUAACAGUCAUGGUAAAUUCCCCGUUCGUCAUUGUUUUUCUACUUCCUGCUUGUUUGGUCCAUGUGUGGGUGAACAGACUGUUGUUAGUCCAUUGUCUUAGCUCUAAAUCGAUCUGAAUGUGUAAGCCUAAUCAUUUUUGUCAUGCUCUCUUCUGUUGUUCGUCAUCACUGUUUGAUCCUGGCAGAUGUGAAAUGUUUGGUGGUGCAUCUCCUGUAUGUUCAGUGUCACUGGAACGAGCUGGAGACUCCGUCAGGCAACUACACCUUCUAUGGCUGGUAUGGAUGAGGCAAAGACCACAUAGUGACUCGUUUUACUUUACAUUAACCCCUAAAAUCUUGAAAAGUCUUAAAAGAGCACAACUUGGUAUAACAGGAUAUGUUAGGCUGAUAGCAAGCUAAUCACAUGCACAUCCCUUUGUUAGACCUCGAAGCCCUUUAACAUUCCCUGCCUAUAAAAUGAGUGCUUUCUUUCUUUCUUUGCAGGUUCCACCAUGAUAAACAAAUCAGUGAGUGCCCCCGCUAUCUAAGAGAAAACGGCACAAACGUUGGGUGUAGCCAGCCGUUGGCCGAACCCCGCCAGAAGUUUGAAGACUUUAACACCAAACUGGAAUACAGAGGCAGGAAAAGGGCCGAGGAGCAUAAUCUUUCAGAUAAAGGUACACCUUAUAAAUUCACAGUUAAUCAAGGUGCAGCGUUUUUGUUUGAUGCGGAUUUGGAACAUGUUGGUUUUAAACAAAAGAAGCACUUCGCACACCUAUAAAACAAGACAGGUGCGUUGGAUCUAAUAACAAUGAUCCAAAGUUCAUUUUGUGCAUUUUGAACUACACACACUUACAAUGACAGUGAAUGACAACAACAGAAAAAGUCACCCAGGUACCGACAACAUUAUGGCUGUGCCUAAUGUUGUUGAACUUUGGAUCGUUGCAGAUAAAUGAUUGAUUGCAGGUUGGACAGUGUGCGGGAAUCUCUUUGAAACAUGUUGGUUUUAAAAAUACAAUUUGGCUUGAAAAAAAAAACACACACACAUUGAGACACUCGGAUCAUAAAAAUGUUCCCCUGAAAAAUGCUUUUGUAAACACAUUCAAUAAUGAGAGUGGGCCUUUUGAGAUUGUUUUGCAUCUUCGGUUAAGGCUGUAUGCUCAUAACCAAAUUUUAUGUUUAGCGCACAAAUUUAAAGACAUUGUUUUGGAAAGUUUCUGGGGAACAAAAACUAGUGCUGUUGCACUUAAGUAUAAAAAGAAAGACAUUUUAAGCCUCGUCAUCACAUUACCGGUUACUGAAUGGACUCUGCCUUCUCCAGUGAAGUUAUAUCCACCAGUCAAUGUGACGAUACAACUUGGAUCUGACUCUAACCUGUGGGUGUACUGGAACCAGACCGCAAGGAAUUGUGUGGAGAGUGAAGUCAGCUAUACAAUCAACAACAUGGAGGGGGAGGUAGGCGUUUUGUCAAAAAAAGACUCUUUUAAAAUCUCUAACCAUUCAUUUCAUGACCUGCUUGAUUAUAUUUUGGUUUCUGCUGUCCCAUCUCUUCACUAUUAUCCACAGACUACUAUGGUCAGUCCUGGGAGGCAGAACCACUGCAUCAACUUGCCCUGCAGCCACUGCAGGUAUGAAGUGCAGGUGCGCAGCAAAAUGGAGCGUAACUGUGGAGAGUCGAAGUUUUGGAGUGACUGGAGCGAGCCUGCAGUCUGGGGAUCGAACAACAGCACGGGUAAAAUUGAUGAAUAUGUGCGAUGUGCUGAUGAAAAUGGCCUUUGUUCUGCAUGUUGAUGUCUCUUCCCUUUAACUAAAAUAAAGAAGCAAUCACUGACCUCUACAGGCAACCACCACAAACUCCAACAACAUGAAGUCUCAGGCAGGAAACUAACAUGAAGACUUUUUUAAAAUUGCUAUAAAGAUUGAUUCAAAUUUAAAUUCAACUUUAUUUUUAUGGCACUUUUCGGACAAAACAGGCGGUUCAAAGUGCCUCACAGAGGUUAAAAACAAUAAUCAACAACAAUAAAACCCAACCCUCCCACCGUGAGGAAAGUGCUACCUCUGGGAAACACUGGAGAUGACAAUAAAAAUGGUAAAAGAGUAAAACCUGAUGGACUAAAACGAGAAAAUAAAAUUAAAUGAACAGAUAAGUAAGAGCUCUUUAUCAUAUAAAAAAGGGUAAAAGAAGUAAAAGCCUAUGACGGGAAUUAAGACAAAGACUAAGAACAGAGAUAAUUAAUAAAAUGACAUAAAAUAAACAAUAAGAACUUCGAAUUAAAACGAACAUUUGCAAUAAGAGAAAUAUAAAAAGGCAAUUAGUGAAAAGUCUGGUUAAAAAGGUGAGUCUUGAGCCUCUUCUUAAAAACAUCAACCAUCUCUGCCGCCCUGAGGCUCUCCGGCAGGCUGUUCCACAACCUUGCACUUGAUCCAACACAAGUAAGGAAACCGGCACAGAGUAGUCGAGGAAGUCAUCUCCUCCUCCAAAUCUGUUCAGGAUUCCUCGAUUAAGUAAAGCACAUGUGAGGAAACAAGGAAGGUGAAUCAACAUGCUGCAUGUGAAGAAAAAAAAGUGAUAAUUAAUCACCAUCCUUCUUUUUCCUCCAUCCUCACAGCCUCUGAUCAGAUCAAUUCAAUGUUCGUGUGGACCUCAGUUUUGACUGUGGUGGGUACCUUCACCCUCAUCCUUCUGGUCGUGAUGUUGCUGCAUCAUGAAAGGUGAGUCGGCAGAAAUGUGAUGGUGGGGGUAACAGGGUUGGAAGGAAACCAAAAAAUGAGGGCAACGUGUGCUUAAACUGUAUAAAAAUAAAUAGAUCAAUAAACUUUUUACUGUAGAAAACUUUACUGUAAUAAAAACUGUACAAACUUUUCAGCGAUGACAGUAAAAGGGAAAUCAGAGGUGUUAAUCUAACAGUCAACGUUGAAGACUGAUUUUGUCUAAUACCAUAAACCGUAAAAUAACAUAAAAAAUUUAAUCUAACAACAAAUAAACCCAUUUAAGUAGUAAAAGUACAGUGUUUCUCUGAAAAAAAAUUAAGAAAUAUGUUCAAACUGUAUUUUUUAUAGUGAAAAACUGCCCGAUGGGUUGCAUAACUGUUUGAUAAAAAAAACAAUUUCUGUUUUUAUACACUGUGUUUGAGUUUUUGACUGUGAAUUUUUGUCUUUUUUUAUGUCAAUUUUAUUUGUUUGUCGAAGAAAUUUAUCACCAUUACAAAAACUGUAUAUGAUGUUUUUAGAAUUUGCAUUUUUUUACUGUUAUGGUUUAAAAGUUUUUACCGUUAAACAUUUUUUUACAGUGUACCUCUUUUUUUGAUUAUUGGACAUGUGAAAGAAAAUAUCUGAUAUUCAUGGAACAAUCACAACAGGCUUGUUGUGUUUUGUCAAAUGUAAAGUACAGAGAGUCUGGGGACAUGCACACUGCCAGAGGGGAAACAGACAUAAUACAGUGGAGCUGUUAAUGAUGACAAUUUGCCCACCUCUCAUACAGGCUCAGAAUUAUCUUCAUCCCUGUGGUGCCCAAGCCUUUUAUUCACCGGGACACUUUGGUGAGUACAUCCAAAACUCUCAACAUCAACUGAAAUUCCCUGUCACACUCAAAAUUUGCAUUGUUUUGCUUUGUACCCAAUAUCAGUAUGCUAACAGGCCCAAAGUGAAUAUGCCUGCAUGCAGGUGUUGAGGAGGUAUAUUGAGCAGGUAUGCUGUAUGCUAUGAUCACCCCUUAAAGGUGGUGUCGUCAGGAUCUGAGGAAGAGCCAGUUUUUAGGAGAAAUCUUGAAUGUAAACACAACCCCUCCCAACCAGUUUUCCCCUCAGCUCCUCCUCUCCAAGCCCCGCCCACAAACAGACGCUCCCACUCACUCGUAUUGUUCCAAUUAAAUUCAGAUAUAAUGCAGAUAAAUACUUUGGAUAAUUACAAAUGGGGCCCAGUCAAGGAGAAAGUAAAAUGCAUUGGUGCUACUGUAGAUGCCAACAGACUACCAGCAAACACAAUGUUUGCGGGACUUCUACAAGUAGGAUAAAGUGACAUAGUCCAGGACCCGAGGUCAACAGUUUAGCGGCGCUACAACACGCAGCAGGUCCCGUUUGACAAGAAACACUUCUGUUACAGACACUUGGUUUACUUUGUUAAAGCGGUUUACCUGUCCAGCAGAAAUGUUACAGGGUUCAUAAGAUCCCAAAGCGUCCCCCAUCGUUUAUGCUGAUGUUGACCCGGCUUUUUAGCUCUUGCCCGGCUUUUUAAGCGCCUGUUAUUCUGCCAGUCUCUGAUGUUUACUUCAUUUUCUUGCUUGUGUUGGCAGUCGCUGCCAAAGGAGGAUUCAGACAAUUUUCUGAACUUUCUGGUUGGUUUUUACUGUCCGAUAUUGUAGCACGCUAACUUUGCUUUGGCUCGUGAACGAGGGAGCAGCGUCUGCCUCACAACCAAUCAGGUUGGGGGAGAUAGGGAAUGGCUUUGUUUACAGUCAGAAUGACGCUCAAAAGUUUUUAAAUGUUGACUACACAGACAUAAGAGAGCACGGCGAUAUCGUUAUAUUACCAAAUGUCAUCAAUAACUAAUAAUUAUUGACUGAUAUUAAAAGCUUUUUUGUAAAUACACCACAAAAAAGAUGCUUCUUUAACGGAUUCCUGCCUACCCCACCUUUAAGUCUGCAUUUGAGCAUGUAAGCAACUGCUGGCUAGCACUAAAAACAUGCAGCCGAAGCUAAGUUGAUUUUCAAACAUCGGAUUAGAAAUGGGGCUUAAUUUAGAUUAGAGUGAAAAGUAUCACCACAGUUCUUGUAACCCGUCAUGUGAGGGGCUUGAAUGUGAGUCAAAAAAUGCAUGGCCAUCAAUUCAACAGUUGUUGAGAUUCUUAAGUCUGACAAACAAUGCAUGUAACCACCUUAUGAGGCUCUAUCUGUAUAUUUUCUGUGCUCUAAGUGAGCAAACAAAGGUCCCGUUUAGUAAAACUGUGACAGAGUUUUUUACGACUAACCAUGUGACAGCAAAACAUGUUUUUUUUUUUCUCCUCAAAGGAUUGGUUUGAAAACUCCAAGAGUCUGAAAGACAAUUUCAAGCCUAACUACAAUGAGCAGGCCUGCACUGUCCGGGAGUACACCCAAGUCUGCCAGUCCGACAGCGAGAGCUUGGACAGUUUCACCUCCUCUGUUACCACCGAUCAAACCGGCUGCUCUGUCUUUAUCCCCACAGUGGAGUCGGGCCCUGCUCCUCUUCCAGCUCCACAGUUAAAAAUCACCUGAGGAGGAACAAAUCACUGCUAAGGAGGCGCCCUAGUCAGCUCUCAUUAUACCAAAACACCAACAAAUCUCCAGAAAAAGUAUCUGCAGAUUAUGAAGGGUCAAGGCCGUGCAUUUUCUGGCAUCUCCAAACAUCUAUUAGAGUCAAUAGGCUGAAUUUCUUAAGCAAAAAAAGUCAAUAAUUACGUUGCAAAUUAAAGAUGAUAGUUUGGUGAAUAAAAAGCAAAACUAACCUAGAUCAUAUGUAAAGAAUCUGCCCCAUCUGAGUGAUUUUUGUUGUAGACACACAGUCAUAAUAUUACUCAAUUUUCAACUGUCUUUUCUCUUUAAACAGAUGGUUUAAUAAUAAAACUGGCUCGUUUUUUUGUUGUUGUUUUGUUUUUUUGUUUUAGUCAAGCAAUAUCUUUAUCUGUUCUUCUAAAUUUGAAUUCUUCUGCCUCAAUUAAGCUUGGCAAUUCUUGGUGUAUUUAUAAAGGUGUACGUAUAUCAUCUAUUGAUGUUUUGUUUGUUUGUUUUGAGGCUGAUCAAUGUGUAUAAAUCCUAAAACAGUAACCCAAACACACUCUUCUAAUACUAAUCAUGGCGUCUGUGAUGCAGUGGAUGAAAGCCAGGAUAUUCCACUCAGUCAGUCGCCGAGAAGAAACAUUUGUUUGGUGCCCUUGACAAAUUCUUAAUUAUUUUGUAAUUUGUAAAAAUUUGAUCCAUGUGAUGGUUUAGAAAUAGAAAAUUUUCAUUUGAGCUUUGGAGCUGCAGAUUACAAAUGCCAAAAAUGUACUUACAGGUUUAGCAGCGUAUUACUUUGUUGUUUGUUGUAAACCAAUUAGCAACAAUUAACAGAUUACCACGGUUGUAUUAUUGCAGAGUAGAGAAAAUAAAUGCCUACUGACCAGCCUGGCAGCGCAAAUUGGCUUUUAUUUUGGUUUUAACAGUGAUCCACAGAGCAUAGGCAGAUUAACAAUCUGAUAGGACCAUUAUGCUUCUAUUUUAAUGGAAGUGGCCUUAUAGAAACUGACGCUUUAACAGUCUGAUAGUGUUUUAUCCUUGUUGAACAAUUAUCUUAACUCCGUUAUGCUCAUAAUACAUUCAUAUGAUUUCCAUGUCUAAAAUUUUCAUCACUUGGUAUGAAAAUAUUGAAUUGUAAAGAGGUGUUUGCAUGCGUUUAUUCAUUUCAUGCCAUUGCCUCAGCUGUGCUCCUUGUUCCCCGACUGUCUGUUAAAGAAUAAAGAUACUUGUCUAACUAC